UGCUCCCGGAGUCAGUCCCCGGAAAGGCACGGGUGUCUGCAGGGCCCCCAGACCUUGGGGGCUCUGGCCACCUACGGGGUCGGGGCCGAGGGCCGCUCGGAGGGCGGGGAGGCGACCCCCUGAGUCGGGGAAGGAGACGGCUCCCCCACCCUCCCCGCCAGCGCGAGCCUCGGGGAGCGCGCGGCGCCGGGCCUGGGGUCCCCGCCCCCCGCGGCCGCCGGCGCCACCCCCGCCGGGCUGGACCCGCCCCUCGGCCCCGGUCCCUCCUUCGGGGCCGCGUCCCACCUCCGCGGCUCCCGGCGUCCCUCCCCGGCUCCCGCCCGCGCCGCUAAGUUUGCUGGCCCCGGGCCGCGCACAGAGCCGGGGCCGGGCGGAGCAGCGCCCCGCGGACGGUCCCCGCGCAGAGCCCGGCCCCGGCCCGACCAUGCUGUGCCGCCGCUGGAGGAAGCGCCGCCCCCCGCCCGAGGAGCCCCCGGCGCGGGCCCAGCUGGCGGCGCCCACCGCGCUCCCGCCCGCACCCCCGGACGGCGGCUCCAGGAGGCCCGGGCUGCGCGCGCUCAAGAAGCUGGGCCUGACGGAGGACGAGGACGUGCGCGCCAUGCUGCGGGGCUCCCUGCUCCGCAAGAUCCGCUCGCGGACGUGUCAGCAGGAGCGUCUGUACCGGCUGCAGGAGGACUGCCUGAGAGUGCGGUUCCAGCGGCGCAUCCUGCGCGCGCCGUCCACCUUCUUGGUGCAGCACAUUGAGGCGGUCCGCGAGGGCCACCAGUCCGAGGGCCUGCGGCGCUUCGGGGGCGCCUUUGCGCCCGCGCGCUGCCUCACCAUCGCCUUCUGCGGCAGCCGCAAGAACCUGGACCUCGCGGCGCCGUCGGCCGAGGAGGCGCAGCGCUGGGUGCGCGGCCUGGCCAAGCUGCGCGCGCGCCUGGACGCAAUGAGCCAGCAGGAGCGCCUCGAUCACGUCCACACCUGGAUCUAUUCCUACCUGCACCGCGCGGAUUCGGACCAGGACAGCAAGAUGAGCUUCAAGGAGAUCAAGAGCCUGCUCCGCAUGGUCAACGUGGACAUGGACGACACGUACGCCUACCGCCUCUUCAAGGACUGUGACCACUCCAACGAUGAGCGUCUGGAAGGCCCCGAGAUCGAGGAAUUCCUGCGGCGGCUGCUGACACGGCCGGAACUGGAGGCCAUCUUCCACCGCUACUCUGGGGAGGACCGUGUGCUGAGCACCUCCGAGCUGCAGGAGUUCCUGGAGGACCAGGGCGAGGAGAGCGCCACACUGGCCCACGCCCAGCGCCUCAUCCAGACCUAUGAGCUCAAUGAGACAGCCAAGCAGCAUGAGCUGAUGACCCUGGAUGGCUUCAUGAUGUACCUGCUGUCUCCCGAGGGGGCAGCCCUGGACCCCGCUCACAGGCCCGUGUUCCAGGACAUGCAGCAGCCCCUGACCCACUAUUUCAUUUCCUCUUCCCAUAACACCUACCUGACCGACAAUCAGAUCGAGGGCGCCAGCAGCACUGAGGCCUACGUUAGGGCCUUUGUCCAGGGGUGCCGCUGCGUGGAGCUGGACUGCUGGGAGGGCCCGGGAGGUGAGCCCAUUAUCUACCACGGCCACACACUCACCUCCAAGAUCCUCUUCCGAGAUGUGAUCCAGGCUGUGCGCGACCACGCCUUCACGGUGUCCCCAUACCCCGUCAUCCUGUCCCUGGAGAACCACUGCGGGCUGGAGCAGCAGGCCACCAUGGCCCACCACCUGCGCACCAUCCUGGGGGACAUGCUGGUGACCCGGCCGCUGGACCCCCAGAACCCUGAGGAGCUGCCAACCCCAGAGCAGCUAAAGGGCCGGGUGCUGGUGAAGGGGAAGAAGUUGCCCGCGGCUCGGGGUGAGGACAGCCGAAUUUUAUCAGACCAGGAAGAGGAGGAUGAAGAGGAAGAGACAGAUCAGAGGCGUGCGACCAAGCAGAUCUCGCCGGAGCUGUCGGCCCUGGUCGUGUACUGCUCUGCCAGCCGCCUGCGGGCCCUGUGCCCAGCCCCGGCCCCUGCCCAGCCCUGCCAGGUCAGCUCCGUGAAGGAGAGCAAGGCCAAGAAGUUCACCCGAGAGGAAGGGAACAGUUUCGUGAGACACAAUGCCCUCCAGCUGACGCGCGUCUAUCCACGGGGCACACGCGUGAACUCCGCCAACUACAACCCCCAGGAGAUGUGGAACUCAGGCUGUCAGCUGGUGGCCCUGAACUUCCAGACUCCGGGUUAUGAGAUGGACCUCAAUGCCGGUCGCUUCCUGGUCAACGGGAAGUGUGGCUACGUCCUGAAACCCUCCUACCUGCGGCAGCCCGACUCCACAUUUGACCCUGAGAGCCCGGGCCCCCCCACAACGACGCUCAGCGUCCAGGUGCUGACGGCCCAGCAGCUGCCCAAGCUGAAAGAGAAACCCAGUUCCAUCGUAGACCCCCUGGUGCGCAUUGAGAUCCACGGAGUGCCUGAGGACUGUGCUCAGAAGGAGACGGACUACGUGCUCAACAACGGCUUCAACCCGCGCUGGGAACAGACACUGCGAUUCGUGCUGCGGGCGCCCGAGCUGGCACUGGUGCGCUUCGUGGUGGAGGACUACGACGCCACCUCCCCCAACGACUUUGUGGGCCAGUUCACGCUGCCGCUCUGCAGCCUGAAGCAAGGGUACCGCCACAUCCACCUGCUGUCCAAGGACGGGUCGUCCCUGAGCCCGGCCACGCUCUUUGUCCACGUCAGCGUUCUGCGCUCCUGAGGGCCGGCUGCCCCCUGUGGAUCUGGGGGUGCCAGACGCAUCCGCUUCUGGGGCUCCGGACACUGGGCCGGCGUCAGACCACUCUACCCGCAUGCCAGUUCCCUCCCGAAGUGCAGGGGGUCAGCGGAGAGCAAGCUUGCUGGAGGGGCGCAGCUCCUGAGGUCUCAGCCCCUGCCCCUGCCUCUAGCGGGGUCCCAGCCCCUCCCGAAAUUGUUGCCCCUUUGCCUGGGUAUGAACUACCCCCAAAUGCCCUCUCCCCAGC